ACUGUUUGGGGCCGUAUGACUCAAGAAUGCGGCUGCGGCGAUGACUCGCACUCGCUAUCGAUAAAGCUUCCCCGGUUCCGCUACCCUCGACACUAUUCUUCUUGCUUCCCCCUGCCACCGUUCACGACCCGCUGUCAUUCACCUGUCUUACUUCUGCCCCCUCAGCGUACUGUUAUUAAGUUCCAUUCGUUAUUCCCUCCUCUCUCUCUUUGUUAUCCAUACGAGGAAUUAUGAUUACGCGAAUACGUGUUUGAGUGCCCAAGAGGCGAUCCGAUCCAUCUUCCGUCCGACCGACUGACGCAUCACCUCGCAUAUUGAUAUACGACCUGUUCCAUAUUUUCUUUUGACCUUAUCACGAAUUAAACCAGCAACAUGCCUCCUACGGGACCGAAACUCUCGUUGGAAGAGCGACGCAGAGGGGAGAUUGCACUCAGCGAAUUCGCGGAAUACGCUGAAAAGCAACAGGCCCAACGCUCUGCUCAGUAUGUGCCUAGCGACAGCGGCUAUGAAACGGCAUCUCGAGUCUAUGAAGACCACGCUGAAUUGGAUAUUCUUGACCAGUUGGAGCUAACCGACGCCCCGAAGUCGUUCAAGCUGAAGGACUUGUUGCUAGGCACUGGCGAACAACCCGAGGAGCACCUGCAGGCGUUGGCCAGCAUUCUGCAGUCUCGCAUUGAUGAAGGACACGGAGAGACGCUCUUCGAUCUCGGCCUCGAGGAUGGUGGGGAGUCUAUGUCCUUUGACCUUGACCAGUGGAAUACGGCUCUCCGACGCCUGCGGGAAGCGGCGGAUACGCUCCCAGCGCACUGUCGGAUUCUUGUGACCUACAAUGUCGGUGGGCCUGAGGAAUCGCGGGUGAAACAUGAGCGCAUCAAGGGCUCUUGGGGAAAGCUCCUUAUCCGGCAGCCCGCGGGUACUGUGGAGGAAAUGGCGGAGAUUCGAGUGGCCGUCGUUGGCAAUGUCGACGCAGGUAAGAGUACCAUGCUAGGUGUUCUCGUAAAGGGAGGCCUGGAUGAUGGCCGCGGCAAGGCCCGGGUCAACCUGUUCCGUCACAAGCACGAAAUCGAGAGCGGUCGGACCAGCUCUGUGGGAAUGGAGAUCAUGGGGUUCGAUAGCCGCGGUGAUAUUGUUGGCAGCGCCCAGGGGCGGAAGGUGUCCUGGGAAGACAUAGGACGGCGUUCUGCCAAGGUCAUCGCCUUCUCCGAUCUGGCUGGCCACGAGCGUUACCUGCGAACUACGGUAUUUGGCAUGCUGAGCAGCAGCCCCAAUUACUGCCUGCUGAUGGUUGCAGCCAAUAAUGGUCUCAUUGGCAUGAGCAAAGAGCAUUUGGGUAUCGCAUUGGCUUUGAAUGUUCCGGUCAUGGUUAUCGUCACCAAGAUUGAUAUCUGCCCGCCUCAGAUUCUACAGGAGACCCUUUCCCAGCUAAACAAGAUCCUCAAAUCGCCCGGUGCUCGCAAGAUUCCCGUCUUUGUGAAAGAUAUGGAAGAAACCAUCAACACAGCGACGCAGUUCGUGAGCCAGCGGAUCUGUCCGAUCUUCCAAGUAUCCAACGUCACCGGAGAGAAUCUGGAGCUCGUUCGUACGUUCUUGAACAUCCUUCCUCACCGCGGCCAAUAUAAUGUUGACGCGCCGUUCGAGCUUUUGAUCAACGACACGUUCUCAGUUCCUCACGUGGGCACAGUAGUGUCUGGAGUGGCCAAGUCAGGGGUGAUACACGCCGGUGAUACAAUUUUGGUUGGGCCUGACUCACUGGGUCAAUUCACGACUACUACGAUCAAGUCCAUUGAGCGCAAGCGGAUCCAGGUCAAUGCUUGCUUUGCGGGCCAGUCCGGUUCGUUCGCCUUGAAGCGUGUCCGACGAAAGGAGGUCCGCAAGGGGAUGGUUGUUCUCAAGAAAUUGGACCAGCCUCCCAAAGUCUACAGAGAGUUUGUUGCCGAGGUUCUCAUUCUUUCCCAUGCUACCACGAUUAAGCCUCGAUACCAAGCAAUGCUGCACGUCGGUGCGGUCAGCCAGACAUGCUCCGUCAUUGAUAUUGAUCGCCCGUUUAUUCGGACGGGGGAUCGUGCAAUGGUGGCGUUCCGGUUUGUCCAACGUCCCGAAUUUCUGGCCCCUGGAGAUCGUGUGCUUUUCCGCGAGGGAAAGACGAAGGGGCUGGGGAUUGUCAAGAGCGUUGGAUAUGACCCCAAACACCCUUUGAAUCCUGAGGCGAAGAGUACAGCCGAGGGUAGCAAACAGGCGUGACCGGUUCCGUGCUCUUACCCCAUGGAGCCGAAUCCAGGAUUAGGCAGGAGUUCAUAUUCGGCUACAAGAACCUUGGGCUUUUCGCGAAAUGACACAUAGUAUUUAAUUCUGGCGGUGACCGGUGACCUUGUCGUUGUGUGGCGUUGGAGGGAUGGCUCUAUGUGCGAGUCAAUGUUCAAGUUUAAGGCGCCCCUCAGGGUCUUUUUCCCGUUCAUAAAAUUUCAAUUGACUUUGUUUUUGGUCCUCUUGCUCUCUUUUCGCUGCCGCCAGUUGGUUGCUUGAGGGACCCACGUGACAGGUGACGUUCCU